GGCCAAACGUUAUUUCGAUAUGACGCGGUUUGCGUAUGUCAUUCAGAACUUUUGGGUCAUUGUAUGUAACGUAUAUAAUAAAGUGAAAAACCGGCUUAGGAACGCAGUUUUCUUAUUCAUUUCGUAGGGAGCGACAGUGUGUGCAAUGAACAUGAUAGUCAGAGCAGCUUUAUUUUUUGCAAUUUUAAUCUGUUUAAAUUGUGAACCUCUAAGAACUCAAGCAUCGAACGAAGCGGGUAAUGGUUCUGACAAUGCGCCGCAUAUUGAACAAAUUGAUAUUGAUAAAGAACUGCAGAAAGAAGUGAACACCUUAGAAAGCCGACUUGAAUUCGUGGAAAACACUCUUCAAAACUUUCAAAACAAUUACAACGCUUUAAAAGAGAACUUCAACAGUCUGAAAACAAACUAUAAUCAGGCCACCAUGCGGAUCCAGCAAUUGGAGAACCUGACACAUCAAACUGUAAUGGAUCUCCACGACCAGAGUUCCAAAUACUUUACCCUAGAGAGCAUCAACUCCAACCUUCAGAAAACGGUAGACAACACCAAUGUACGGUUAGACGACAAGACGUCGGCCCUGUGGACGGAAAUCAGUAAUGUUACAGAGGAAGUCGUCAGUAUAUCCGGCAUGACAAACCGGAGCUUUGACAUCCUCCGGAACAAGAACGUGCUUCUGGAAAACAAGUUCCAAGAGAUUUCCAACAACCAGUCAAACAUUGUCUCCACACUAAAUCAGAUCAAAUUUCCAGGACCUCAAAAGAACAAGCUCGUUGUUUUCGUCGCUCAGCUCUCCAGAGAAAUUCUUAUAUCUACCAACAAAAUAAUUGUAUUCGACAAGAACCAGUUAAACGAAGGGCGUGGCUUCGAUCCUCACACGGGGGUGUUUACCGCAACAGCCCGCGGUAUCUAUACUUUCUCUGCAUCCAUCGAGUCCACCAAUUGUGACGUCAGGGGUGCCAUUUACCGAAACAAUGAACAAUUCGCUCACAUAGCUGGGCAUUUCGUUGACAGGGAGGGGGCACUGGGGAGUGCCACCAGUUACGUGCAUCUAGAUGAGGGAGACCGGGUGUGGGUCCAAUGGAUGGGGGAACUGAAUGGACGUGUAGGGCACGUGCAGUCUCAGUUUGCAGGUCAUUUACUACAUGAGAUGGACAUAUGAAUUACAGACAAAUAGCUUGAUUCGUCCUAAAAUGAGCAAAUGUUGGCUUUGCAAAUGUUGCAGAAAUUCCUUGAGAAAUUGUGCAACUCGAACGGUCAGAAGUCAAAGAUCAAAUGUGUUUGUUUUGUUUUUAAACAUUACGUCACGUCCAUUCAUGUGUUAUGCGUACGAAAUGUUGCACCAUGGACAGCAUCAUUUGUAUUGAACAUCGCUUUUCCUAACAAAGCAUUUUACCGAAUCGACUUAAAAUAAUGUACUAGAAAAUAUUAAAUCAUAGAUGUUCAAAGCGAAGGUGUUUGCAAUGGUUUUUGUUUUGUUUUUGUAUAUAUUUUUUUUGUAAUUGUCUGUUUAUAAGUUUGAUGAUUUACUGCUUACUACAGUGUAGUAGUUAAUAAAUGAAUUCAAUUCGAA